CCCAAGGCGGUAGCGGCGGCAGCAGCAGCGGUGGCGACAUGAGCAGCGGGGCGGCGUCCGGGACAGGGCGGGGGCGGCCCCGGGGCGGGGGGCCAGGGCCCGGGGACCCCCCACCCAGCGAGACACACAAGCUGGUGGUCGUGGGCGGCGGCGGCGUGGGCAAGAGCGCGCUGACCAUCCAGUUCAUUCAGUCCUACUUUGUGUCUGACUACGACCCCACCAUCGAAGACUCCUAUACGAAGAUCUGCACUGUGGAUGGUGUCCCAGCCCGGCUGGACAUCCUGGAUACAGCAGGCCAGGAGGAGUUCGGUGCCAUGCGGGAGCAGUACAUGCGUGCUGGCCACGGCUUUCUGCUGGUGUUUGCCAUUAAUGACCGGCAGAGUUUCAAUGAGGUGGGCAAGCUUUUCACGCAGAUCCUCCGAGUCAAGGACCGAGAUGAUUUUCCCAUCGUGUUGGUUGGGAACAAGGCAGAUCUGGAGACACAGCGCCAGGUGCCCCGAUCUGAAGCCUCUGCCUUUGGCGCCUCCCACCAUGUGGCCUACUUCGAGGCCUCGGCCAAAUUGCGCCUCAAUGUGGAUGAGGCCUUCGAGCAGCUGGUGCGGGCCGUCAGGAAGUAUCAAGAACAAGAGCUGCCGCCCAGCCCACCCAGUGCCCCCAGGAAGAAAGACGGAGGCUGUCCCUGCGUCCUCCUGUAGCCAGGGGGGGCACGAGAGGAGCAACGGGCACGAGCUCUGAGCUCUCGGGACCAGCUGCCCUCACCGAGGCUGUUUCCCCAUCUGGGUCUCCCAGGAUACACUACACCCCCAUCCAGAAUUCCUGGCCUCCUCCAGGACAUCGCCACUGUGUGCCUUCUGCCAACGCCUCCCUUCCCCACCCAAGCCCCUUGUUGGGGUGAGGGGCUCCUGGGCAUCUGAGUCACUGCUGUAUAUAACUCCCCUUUCCACCCCCAGGGAAAUAAACGUCACUGCCAAUGUCA